AUGAUGUUCGCCACGUCGUCCUCGCGGCCACGCUCGCGCACCGACGGCCCAACCGACGCCCCCGUCCCCUCCAUCUCGCUCUCCACCCCCACGCCCACAACGCCACAAUACAGGAACCCGUUCCCACCACCGAGGUCGGCAACGACGUCGCCACCGCCCAUCGACCCCCUCGCCGCCACCGCGCGCAGCAGCCAGAACGUGCGCGGCGUCAUCCCCGAGCUGGACGAAGACCUCGACGACGUCGUCGACCUGGACCCGCUGGACCCGCUGUCCACGACCACCUCGUCCGGCGCCUCGCACCCCCCGUACGCACCGUCGCGCUCCCUCUCCGACGCCCUCAACGCCGAACCCCCUGCUCCCCCGACCUCCGCUAUGCAAAUGCCCAUGACGGCGCCCCAGCAGCUCGCGCAGCAGGAGCGCCGCCGCUCCCGCUCCCGCUCCCUGCUGCAGACGAUGCGGUCGUCGCUGCAGCUGCGCUCGUCGUCCAACAGCAACAGCAGCCAUGAGGGCGGCGUCGGCAGCUCAGCCCCCCGCUCCGGCCGCCGCUCCUCGCUCGCGUCCAUUUCGUCGUUCGGCUCCUCGCGCAACCGCAGCCCCGGUGGCUGCCGUAGCCGUAGCGGCAGCAUCAGUGCUGCUAGCGGCUACGUGCCCCGCCGCAAGGGCAGCGUCCAGAUUGGCGAGGGCGGGCAGGUCGUCCCGGAUACGGUGGGCGCGGCCGCCGUGCUGCCUGCUGUGCUGUUGCUGGGCGCGGAGCUGUUUACCCCGGGGCGCUGA